GGCCCUGCAGGCCAGGCCCGCCUGCUGGGUGACCAGACAGUGAUCCGGGUCUGCAGGAGGGUCCAGGAGAAAGGAAAGACAGGAAAGCCCAAAGGCUGAGCCUCACAAUAGCGAGGAGGAGCCCAGCUGUGGCCCUUUGCUGUCGGAGGUCCUGCCUUCUGAGAUGCACCGGAAUGGUAGUCUGUGGCCAGGGACGGAGGGGAUGAGGACACGUGGUCCUCUGUGGCCCCCUUCUGCUUCCGUGACAUGGAUGCCUUCCUCUCGGCCUCGUGUUGUGAUACCCACGGCCUACUCCUCCCUUUCCACAUGGUGGAGAGGGCACCUCUAAGCAGAAGGAAGGAGCUGGUGUGUCUGUGUCCCAGGGUGAGGAACCAGGCAGGAAGGAAGAGAUCCACCAAGUACACUGUAUCCAGCACUUGAGGGCCUGCCUCCCUGCCUGAGCUGGAACAACAACUCGGAUGUUCUUUCUAAGUGCUGGAGCAGCGGUCAGCAAAUGGCAGUCCAGGGGCCAAAUCCCGCCUACUGCCUGUUUUUGUAAAUAAAGUUUUAUUGGAACCCAGCCACAGCCAUUCGCUCACAUCUCAUCCGUGGCUGUUUUCAUGCUGCAGUGGCGGAACUGAGAAGCUGUGACAGAGACCAUGUGACCACAAAGCCCCAAAUAUUUAUUACCUGACCUUUUUCAGAAUACGUUUGCUGACCCCUGCUCUGGAGAUUGGUUGUGAAGGGGCAGCAACAGGACCUAAGACUGGGCUGUAUUCAGGGAGCCUGGACCCCCUGUGCCUGCAAGGAGUCCCCCCAAUAUCAUCCCCCCUCUCAGCCUCACCCAGCAGACCCUAAACCCAGGGCCGAGGCACAGGAGCUUUUCAGGCCUGGGGGUGCCAGCAUUUCACACGCGUUCAGGAGAUGUGACCGGCCAAAGCCAGAGUUGAAGAGUGGACUUGCCCAGCGCCCAGCUGCGCGGCUGCAGCUCCUGCGGGGAGCGGGGGUUCCCUGCGCCUGGGACAUCCGGGCUCAGCUCUUCCCGGCCAUGACAUUGGUAAAAACCCUGCAGUUAUAAGAUCCCUCGCUCGGACCCGGAUACUCCCCGCCAUGCUGACUUUGCAGCAAGGCCCAGACACCUGAGCUCCUCCCGCUGAGCGUCCCGUUCCGUCUUCCUCUUCUCAGCCUCUGGGGUUGCCCCUUCCCACCACCCCCCUGCGCUGCCCAAAUGACCCCUCCACCGAGCAGAAGGGAAUCGCUCACCUCCUGAGUUGCUGACCAGCUGCAGGCCUCGGGCCACCCAGCCGUGUUCUAGCGCACCCGCAAGAUGUGGCCAGUCCUGGUGCUCCUGUGCAUUUCCUCCUCGUCCUUAUCUGAAAGCCAAGUGAUACCACCUGACCCAGGACACUCAGUCCCUAACUUGACAUGGGAUAAUUCAGUCCAGAAAAAUGCGUCUGUGGAAACAGCUGGAAUGGUUGGUAACAGAAUGUCUGAAAACAUAACCACGGUGACACUUUCUGCUGUCACAUUAACCAAAGAGACUUUGUUGGCCAACAGCUCUAUUGAAGUCACAGCAGAGACAACACACAGGACAGAGGCAGGGGCUGCAGACACCACAGGGGGCACGGCUGACCACACGGCCUCCACAGCAUCCACACUGGCUGCAUCGUCUGUCCCCACGUCACUGUCAUGGACUGUGACCCCAGCAGCCACUGGGCGCUCAUCUCCCAGCACACCCCAUGUGCAAGUGCCAAGCAAUAGCACGCUGCCAAAGACAGCGAUGGUGGUGACAUCGGCCCCGAGUGAUGCGACGGCAGCUGUCGCCACACCCGGCACAGACAGUCCAGGAGUCACACACGAUUCCUCCCAGCACACGGCCAGCAGCUCCCAGGCAGGGCCUGCCCUCACCACGAGUCCCAGGACACUGAACGUGACGUCUGCACAAGCUUCUACCACGCAGGUGUCAACCAGCCACCCCGUGGUCAGCACGGCUAGCAGGUCCACACCCACCCUCUCGUCCACCACCCCAGAGCCCACCACCCUCCCCUCGGUGGCUUCCAUGUCCACGACAAGCAGCACACAAGCAGGGGAGCCAACCGCCAGCACAGUGCCAGCACCCCAUGUCAGCCCGACCCCUGCACAGGCGGCCACAUCCCCUAUGACACACUCAUGGCCAAACCCUUCACUGCCCACCCGGGCCACCGAGGGGCCAGGUGUGCCCCAGACACCAGAGCAGCUUGGAACCAAAGCCAUCCCGGGGGCUGCCCCCUCCGGACUGACACCCGGGAGCUCGGGGGAACCCAAGAUACCGGCCACAGACUCAUGCCCACCCAGCACCCAGGGCCACUACCUGGUGGUCACCACCGGGCCUCUGCCCCAGUUCUGGGUGAACAGAACUAUUCUCCUGGGGGUGCUCUUACUCGGGGUGACCCUUUUCAUCACAGUCCUGUUUUUAUUUGCCCUGCAAGCCUACGAAAGUUACAAGAAGAAGGACUACACCCAGGUGGACUAUUUGAUUAACGGGAUGUACGCGGACUCCGAGAUGUGAUGGUGUCGGGGUGGCCGGCCGCAGCCGCUGAGUAACAGGGGUGGCUGGGAGGCCAGGCCCCAUCCCCGACCUCUCAUUUGGCCUCUGAGGCCAAACCAAGUGCUUCCAAAUUCUUUUGGUGCAAUUUAGGAAAUAUGCCAGAUGCUUAAACACAUUUAAUUGUUGUCAGAUUAAUUCCAUGGUCACUAAAGAGUUGCUGCUUUUUUCAUAUUUAUUUUUGUAAACGAUCAUGUUGACAGGUGCAGGCAAUAAUUCUGCGGCUGGGGGUGGGGGUGGGGGUCCCCCCCGGUGCAUCAGAUCCUGAGAAGAAUUAAAGCAAUGACAUUUCCCAUCAGCCCGGCUGUCUUCAUUUGUGCAAGCUGUGUCUGCUCCCCGUCGCUCAAGGGGGAGCCAGUU